GUUCAUAUUUCUAGACCUGAGCUCUAUUAGCGAGUUUCUAAUCUUGGUUCCACCAUUUACAAUUAAGAUUUGUCUCACUUGAAGGUGUACGCAGUUUUUGCAGUUUUCAUAUGCUAACGCACCUCAUAGCUACCCACUCCAACAAAUUCGGCUUUCAGGGCCGUUGACUAAAUCGUAUUCCUCCACGAGCCGUUUCUUUCAUCUAAAAGAGAAUCGUCAAUAUGCCUUACAACACCACAGCAAUCCCUCCUCGCAAGGAGGUAACCGGCCAGACGCAGCUCCCUCUAUCACGAGUGAAGAAGAUCGUCGCACAGGACCAGGACAUCGGCAUCUGCUCCAACAACGCCGCCUUCGUGAUCACUCUCGCCACCGAGAUGUUCAUCCAGUACCUCGCAAGCGAAGGCUUCAACAUGGCGCGCAUGGAGCGCAAGCCGCGCCGCAACAUCCAGUACAAGGACCUCGCCUCCGCCGUCGCCGCCAAGGAGAACCUCGAGUUCCUCGAGGACAUCGUGCCGAAGACGGUGCCGUACAAGCGCGUCAAGGCGGAGGCGGCGGCGACCCGCGCGCAGCUCAGCAGCAACGUGCCAGCCGGAGAAGCCGCCGGAGCCGCCGACCGCCCGGGCGAGACCCAGCGCGCCGACGCCGCCGCCAACGGCAAGAAGCACAGGCCGAGCACCAGCCGCUCGAGCCUGAACGGCAGCUUCGUCGGCGCCAGUGGUGCCCGCAUAGUGAGCGAUGACGACGGCACGGAGGCGGACCCCGCGGAUCAGUUGCGUGCUGAGAUGCGGGAGGCUAGCCGGGGAGGACGGGAUGAGGAUGUGGAUAUGACCGGUUAGGGAAUUGGUGACGUUCGACGGUUCUGUAAUCCCUUCUAGGUCUGUGAACAAAGUGUGGAAUAGAGUCUGGAUCCCGAAAUAUCGGAUACGUGGAUAGGGGUACCUUUACAGCACGAAUUUUGGCGUUGGGGAGUAAUUGGCAUUGUACAUGCACACACGCACGAAUACACACAUAA